AUAGUUCUUUGUGAAAUGCGACUUAAAAAUCAUCAGUAAUAUGUGUUAAAGUGUGUGAUGGAUCUGCUGAUAGACACAGAACUCAUCAACUGCCUAUGAAGUAACAUGACGCGUGGACGCGCAAGGAAACCCCAUUGGCGAGGAGACCAGAAAACACAUAACACCGGAAAACUCAAACUACGGUGGGUCACCGAACUGUCACUCCUGUCAAAGCCAGACUAAUGGGACUGUGACUUGAAAGUAGUUUGGCUCGUGUUCGCGUUAAUUAGAGCAGAGGACAGAGACAGUUAAACCGUGUGUCCGUGUCGAGGACUCUCUGAUAUCACGCUAGCGUCUCCAACCAGCUCCAUUAGCCGAGCCCCGGCUAGCAAGCUAACGAGCUGAUAGCAGGGAGUACAUUCAACAAAAUGCAGCGGGGACUGGUUUCUAGUGACCUUUUUUCAAAUUGUGUCACAGUUUCAUCAUGUGGCCUCAGACACUUGCUAUGAAAUGUUAUGGUCGUUAAGUAGUGACAGCUUUGACAAGGUGAAGUGGCAGACGAGGAGGCGUCCGUGUGGUCGCUCAGAUAAGUUAUGAACACUCUCAACAUUACAACCAGUAGUGAAGGCUCAGAAAGCGUUAACGCUACCAACAACAACAACGAGGAAGAGUGGGAUUUGGGAAGCGAUGUGUUUCCGUGCUGUCACGAGAUGAGUCCAAUGGACGAUGCGCUGCAGGCGGAUAUGUCCUCAGUUCAGACGGGACUGGACGUACAGCUGCCCCUUAUCCAUGCCGGCCAGCACAGCUCCCAGGACGGCUUGCUGUUGGACCUCAGUUCCCCGGGAACCUACCUCGACAGCAACUCCCCUGAGUACAACAGCAACGCUGGUCCGUUGUUCGAGAGGAGGAAGAGGUCGAGGUCCAACAGCUCCAGACACCGCUUCAACGAGGUGGUGACGGAGCUAGGAGCCGAGGAAGUGCGGUGGUUUUACAGAGAGGACAAGAAAACUUGGAAGCCCUUUGUCGGACACGACUCGCUAAACAUCGAACGCAUGUUUAGGAAAUAUUGCGAGCUGAACCCAAAGGACGAAAGACCCAAAGGGGUCAGAGACAGGGAGGAUGAGUACAGUGGACUGAACGGUGCAGUGUCGGUGGAGACGGGAACCAGCAGUGAGCACGAAGGCCGUGGUUCUCUGGACAUGUCCACCGUGUCCCCAGAUGAAAGGGACCCUGACGGCAUCGAAAUUACUGUUGAGACUGUGUGUGUCCGAGGAGGGCUCUAUGAAGUGGACAUUAAAGAGAGGGAAUGCUAUCCUGUGUACUGGAAACAACAAGAUCACAUUCCAGUGAUGAGAGGUCAGUGGUUUAUUGAUGGUACCUGGCUGCCAUUAGAAGAAGAGGAGAGCGACCUCAUUGAACAGGAGCACUUGAACCAUUUCCGUGGACAACAGAUGCAGGACACGUUCGAGACGGAUCUGGUGGUGAAGACCGUCGAUAGCAAAGAUGUUCUCUCCCACCUGCCUCCUUUCUACCUCCCUUUUCUGUUCAAAUGGAGUGGAUAUCAGAGGAGUGCUAGAACCACAUGUCACAAGCGCAAACGUUGUCAAGCCAUUCACAGUCUGAAGUUGAGCCGAACCCAUGUGGAUUGGCACAGCGUGGACGAGGUCUACCUCUACAGUGAUGCCACCACUUCCAAAAUUGCACGCACGGUCACUCAGAAACUGGGAUUCUCUAAAGCCUCCAGCAGUGGUACACGGCUCCAUCGUGGUUAUGUUGAGGAGGCCUCACCAGAGGACAGGCCCCCUCAGACAACACACGUCGUCUUUGUGGUCCAUGGGAUUGGACAGAAGAUGGACCAAGGACGUAUUAUUAAAAACACUGGAAUGUUGAGGGAGGGUGUAAGAAAGAUGGAGGAGAAGCACUUUUCAGAGAACACCGAGGAACAUGUGGAGUUCCUGCCGGUCGAGUGGCGCUCCAAACUCACUCUGGAUGGAGAUACGGUAGACUCAAUCACACCUGACAAAGUGAGGGGACUAAGAGAUCUCCUCAACAGCAGUGCAAUGGACAUCAUGUACUACAACAGCCCCCUUUAUAGAGAUGAGAUUACCAAGGGACUGACACAGGAGCUAAACAGACUGUACACACUUUUUUGCUCCCGGAAUCCUGGGUUUGAAGAGCAGGGAGGAAAAGUGUCCAUAGUGUCUCACUCCCUCGGCUGCGUCAUCACCUACGACAUCAUGACAGGGUGGGACCCCGUGCGCUUCUGCCUGCAGGAGCAUCAUGCUGUGGAAGAGGAGCUGGACCCGCGCUGGAUGUCCUAUGAAGAGAGACACCUUUUAGAACAGUUACGCAUGACGAGGAAUAGGUUGCGAGUACUGGAAAAUCAACUCCUCACACUGGAGGCCUCCAGACCAUCAGCACCUCCAGCCCUUAAGUUUAAGGUGGAGAACUUUUUCUGCAUGGGUUCUCCUCUUGCAGUGUUCUUAGCUCUGAGGGGUAUCCGCCCUGGGAGCAGCUGCCACCAGGACCACAUCCUUCCAACCUCCAUCUGCAGCAGACUCUUCAAUGUCUUCCACCCAACAGACCCUGUGGCCUAUAGACUGGAGCCCCUCCUCCUCAAACACUAUAGCAAUAUCUCUCCUGUUCAGAUACACUGGUGUAGUGCCACAAACCCCACAUCCUACGAUGAGAUCCGGCCAACCUUCCUUAACCCCGUCAAAGAGCCAACAUCUGACACUGAGAGCAUUCCCAGCCCGAGCACUUCCCCGGUCCUCCCCCGCAGGCACUAUGGAGAAUCCAUCACCAGUCUCGGCAAGGCCAGCAUUCUGGGGGCGGCGAGCAUAGGAAAAGGAAUUGGAGGCAUCCUCUUCUCACGUUUCUCGCGCUCCAACAGUCAGCCUUCAGUGUCUUUAGGACUCGAGGGAGUGGCAAACCCUGAGGAAGAUGAGCAGAAACGGGCAGAAAGUCAGUCCGCCUACGGCCUCUCCACCAUGACUCGACCCACCUCACCGACCAACGACUCGUCAUUGGAGCUGGAGCGGCGCAUUGACUUUGAGCUCAGAGAAGGUCUGGUGGAGAGUCGCUAUUGGUCAGCAGUCACAUCACACACAGGCUACUGGUGCUCACAUGAUAUAGCACUCUUCCUGUUGACUUUCAUAUACAAGCAGAGGUCGGCCUCUGGCCCAGCAGAAGAAGCUCCAGAUCCAGAAUGAGUCAGCACAUCAAUUACAACUCAUACACUUGAAUUGUGUCUUCUAAGCACGAAAGGGUUUGUCAUGUUCUUUUCAAGACACAGAAAUAGACUUCAAUCGUUUAUUUUUCAUGCACACAAACUGGUUAAACACACGUUUCCUUAUCUCCCUGCGAUCCAGCUUUUUUUAAAUAUUUGGAAAUCAUUAUUGACAAACUAAUGUCGUUCCAAGAUGUGCACUGUUUAGUUUGUACACAAUCGUGCACCCUAAGGGUGACAAUGAUGCACCAGGAACCCCUGUGGAGGUGAACCCUUUUACCAAUAUGGACAGAUGUUAUAUGUAUAUAAACAAUGAAAGUCUAAUGAGUUUGAUGCAUAGGACUUUUUUGCACCCAGUGAAGAGAGUUCUGACUUUGUCCCUCAGCCUGGUAGUGAAGUUUCCUUAAGUUUACUGAUAUUUAAUAAUGCUUCACCCAACCUCUAUUCCAAUGACUGAUUUUGAAGCCUUGUGACACACUUGCCUGACCCUCUCUCUCUCUCUCUCUCUCUCUCUCUCCAUGAGACUUUUAGUUCUGUUCUUUUCUUUGACAUUGAGCAGAAAUAAAUAGAACUGUCAAAAUGAGUAGAUCUUUAAAAAUAAACUUUUAUUUAUUAGAUUUCAUGAAACAUAAUGCUAACAAGCAAAUCAUAUGCCUUUCUGUAUUAGCCAAACUUACUUUUUUUUUGUUUGUUUUUAUUUUUGUUUUUUUAACAAAACUUGAGGCAUUAUUAUUUUUAGCAUUUUAGAAAUAUGAAAACAGACUUUCAGUUUUUAGUUUGUCUUCCUCUAUGACACGAUUGCCUAUCAUUUAACAGUACCUAAUUAAAACAGAUACGACAUGCUCAUACCACAGUGAAACCAAACAGGAUUAGGUUAAAAAUGUCUCUUAAUGCCACAGUUACAGCUGAACACACACAGGACUUUUAUUACUUUGCAUUUGACAUAACGUUUACAGUCACGUUACUCAUGUUCCAUCGAUUCUUAAACAGGGAGUGGGCAUUUCUAGUUAUUUUUUAACACAGUUUAUGUCUCUCAGUCAGUUAAGAUCUCUCAAAGAUGUCAUUGCUAGACAAGAGGUCUCACUAGACAGUCUCAUCUCACUCAACAAAUCUGCGUGUCUUUCUAUGGGGGAUGAGGCACUGAUGAGGUUAUAAAGUUUGAUGUAUUUAUUUCUUUAAAAAAAGGAAUAUGUAUAUGUAUAUACAUAUAUUUUUCCUAAUGAUUUUCAGGCUCUUGUGGGCAUAAAUAUGAUUCCCAUCUUGGGAUAAUGGGAUUGAAACUUGUGGCCAAGUGCAUGUGUCUAGCUUGUUGUCUGCUCUGCUUUAGUAAUGCUAAGGCUAAUUUCACAAUUUCAUGAACACAACAUUGGCCUCCAGUAGCUCCAAGUAGCUCUAGCUAAUGAAAACACUCAAAGGUUGCCCUCUUCACCCUUUUGUGAAUUGAUGACUUUCUCACAGAUUUGAGAAAUGGAUAUGGAUUUCAUAUAAAUAUAAAAAAGGUUGGCUUUAGUUUUAAAAUUUCCAGCAACUAAACAAAUAUGAUCACCUAAUUGACCUAUUUUUUUUAUUUUUUUUAUUAUUUUUUUUUUUUAAACAUUACCAGUUAUCUGGUUAUUAUGGCCCUGGUUAGAAAGCAUUCUCUGUUUGCAUUGUGUCAUGUUAAUAGUAAAUGGAUAUUUGGGGGGGAGACACUGCAGAGCGUGCCAACACACACCUAAAUGACGUGUUUUGUGGUCUUAAUUGAAUAGAAAAAUUCCUUUUGAUUGUGUAUGGAUGUCUAAUGAGAUCAUCUAUGACAUGGUUGCAAUGGAUAAAGACGCUGAACCAACCUUAAGAUGGAUAUUUAUAGACUUACAUUUGAGUGCUGUCAAGUGUCAAAUUUCCUUUGGGCUCUUACUCGUUAUAUCACAAAUAUAAAAGAGUGUGUUUUAAUGUGUUGAAAUGCAGGCUGCUGCUUUUGAGGCAACACAAUCAAGGGCUUUCAGUUCAUUCUUGUUCAAUGUGUGUGUAAUGUGUGCAAAGGCCUACUGACUGAACCAGGCUCCCCUUUAAGCUGACCACACAGUCGUACAAAAGAAAAGGGAGAGUGAUAUGAAAGUAUUUCUAUAUUUGACCAGAUGGAUCUUGCACAUUUAUCAGCUAAGAAUUGCACAGAAAUUAUAUAGGAAGUCUAAUGCUGUUUUUUUAUUUAUUUCCAUUUUGCAUGUUAUAUCGCAGCAAAGUCAAGAAAAUUGAACACUGAAUGCUAUUAACCUUGAAAACCUUAGCCAUGCAAUGCAAAAUACAAAAAAACAGAUCUCUGGUUGCCUCUGCAUCUUAAAAUCACACAGUAUGGAUUCAGACGCACUCUGUAGGAGAGUGUGUGAGGACAGACCUGUGUAAUAAUGACAAAAAUGUUCCUGCCCGUGUUUGUGAUUGACUGUGAGUUUCCAAAAUAUAUGUGAAAUUUGCACUUUUUCCCAUGUGAGCAAUUCUUGAUUUUAGCACAGGUGUUCCAGUGUCACUCUGCAUGCUAAACAUUGAUUAAAAAGCAAGAAAAUUGGAUAAAAUUGAAGAUAAUCAAGGAACCUUUAAAUGCACAUUCUGAUUUAUGACUUUAUAUUCUUUUUUCUUUUUUUUGUUAAAGAUAUGACGAGCAUCAGGGAAACGUCCACUGUAGAUUAUGUAAAUACAAUGCUUUUUUUGACACCAGUUUGAAGCCAUUAUGAAGUCAAAUGUACAAGUAAUGUCACACACGUGUUGUUGUAAAGUUGAUAAAGAAGGGUCUGCAGCCAUAUUUACACUCAUUGAUAAAGACAAACGCACACUGUGGGUGUUUUGAAUGAAAUGUGUUGAACUUUAUGUAUGUUACCAUUGUUAACUUUGAAUGGAUCUGAAAUUGUUUUUGUUUUUUUGUGUCCAUUCCUAGAGCUGUGCAAUAACCCAUGCCUGUAAUGGAUUCUAACUGCCAUCCAAAGCAUUGUAUUUAUUUCCUUUUAUUAAAGUAUUUCCUCAUUUUUUGUUUUGGA